GUACAUGGUCUACGGCAAGGAGGGCGUCUUCGAUGCGGACCGACUCAUCGACCUCCUCCGAGCUCUGGAGGCCUUCCGCCUCACUGAGAAGGCACCUGAUCCUGAGGAGAUCGCACGUGCAGCAGCCAUGGCACAGGCCUCCAGCCAGGGUGCUGGCCUAGUCCAGGACAGUGAGCGCACGGACACGAAGGUUCGGCAGGCUCAGAUGUCCUCGGAGAGGGUUGGCGACCGACCGACCUCCUGGGCCCAGGCCACGGCGAACUCGGACGGCGAUGGUGCGCGUGAAGCGCUCACCUUCCUGCUUUCGCCGGAUGGAGCGUUCUUCCGCGACUUCCUGGUAGAAGAGACAGUGAAGGGCAUUGACUGCCUCGGCCGUGGUGGUCUGCAAGCCUUGGGCAAGCGCUUGGCAGACACGUCGCCUCUGAGGCUUCUGCCUGGGAUCGGCCCUGCCCUGCUCAAGAGCCCCCUUGGCCCGUUCGGUGACAUCUUCGCACCCCCUCUGACGGCGGAAGAGGAGAAAGUGGUUUCUAACACCACGAAGCUCCUGGCAUUCCUCUUGGGUGAUACCGAGCUGAUCCGCGAAGGAUCGGUCGCAGAUGGAGCACAGACGGUGGCCUCCGUCUUUGCACUCUUCCGCGAGGACCCGCAGCUGGCGCAGGGAGCCCGGGAGUUGGCGCAGAAGCUCGGACGCCGAGCCUUCGAGCUC